AUGAAAAGUGGUGUUAUCAAACGCAAGAAAGUAAGAAAAUUUGCAUAUCACGGUGAAGAAAUCAGGAAAAAACUGGCAAAGAGCUUUACAAGGUUCCAUGGCAAGCAGAGAUCUUUGGCUCAUUUUGGGCAUUACGAAUUCUCAUGUAGCAGCAGAAAUCGACACAAUUUUUAUGAAGAUCUUACACAAUAUCAUCAUUCUUUUCAUGCUGAUGCUGUUGAGGAUGUACAUAGAAAUGAUAGCGAUGUGAAUAAUUUUAUGUCUGUGGAAGAAGAAAAGAUUGAAGAAAAUGAUGUAGAUAGAAAGGCAGAGGUCUUCAUUGCCAGAUUCCAUGAACAACUUAGAUUGCAACGCCAGAGAGCACUGUCGAAAUACGAGGGAAUGCUUGCAAGAGGUGCAGAUUAA